UGUGGUUGAUAUUCUCAAGUUAUUGUUGUGGGUUUGCUUUAUUUUGCAGCCACUGUCUAUAAGGCAUAGAUUCUAAGUUGUAUAAUUAGAGCCCUUGAAGCUGAAUGUGCUUUCUGUGGGUUAUUCUUGUUUGAUUCCCUCCUUGUUGAGUCUCAUUUUUCACACUAGGUUAGCUGCUCUUGUUGUACUGGAGACUGCAUUCAGCUUUCUCAUCCUGCACGAAUGAGUUAUUCAAAUUCCUCAAUGGGUUCUGGUAGCAGAACAGGUAGAAGGGCGUUUGAGUUCGGAAGAACGUAUGUGGUGAGGCCUAAAGGGAAACACCAAGCUACAAUAGUUUGGCUGCAUGGCCUUGGUGAUAAUGGCUCAAGCUGGUCUCAACUCUUGGAAAAUCUUCCUCUUCCAAAUAUCAAAUGGAUUUGCCCAACUGCUCCAACUCGUCCAGUGGCUCUACUUGGUGGAUUUCCUUGCAGUGCUUGGUUUGAUGUGGGAGAGCUCUCAGAAGAUGCUCCAGAUGAUUUUGAGGGUUUAGAUGGUUCAGCUGCACAUAUUGCAAACUUGUUGUCAACAGAACCUGCAGACAUUAAGCUUGGUAUUGGGGGCUUCAGCAUGGGUGCUGCAACUGCUCUCUACUCCGCGACCUGCUUUGCACAGGGAAAAUACGGAAAUGGCAUACCUUACCCUAUUAACCUGAGGACUAUUAUCGGCCUCAGUGGAUGGCUUCCUGGUUCAAGGAGCUUAAGGAGCAAGAUAGAGGGUUCAAAUGAAGCUGUGAGGCGUGCUGCAUCAUUGCCUAUUUUGCUCUGUCAUGGAAUCUGUGAUGAGGUUGUUCCUUAUAAAUAUGGAGAAAGUUCCAGCCACUGCUUAAGCUCAUCUGGAUUUCGAUAUCUCUCAUUCAAAACCUAUGAAGGGCUAGGACAUUACACAGUGCCCAAGGAGAUGGAUGAGGUGUGCAAUUGGCUACAGGCGAGGCUAGGACUAGAGGGGUCACGCUGAUUCACUGUGACGAAAUACAUAUGAGAUUCAAAUUGGGGUUAGUAAGGUGAGGGGGAUACAUUUACAGAUGUGGGGUAGCUUAGUAGAAUAUGGAGUGUGAGGGAUAAUGGUAUAGAAGAAUGAGUUGUAGUCUUCAAGUUUUUGAGUUCCUGAUGGUCCUACUAUAAUAAAAGCUUCAGGAUAUGUAGCUUGGCUUUCCGGCACCUAGAUGACAUUGUUGUUCUGGUUUAUUUUACUUUCUGAAUUUGUGAUCAUUUACUUUCCUUGUACUGUGUAAUAUAGUUUUCGCUAUAAAUAUGGUUGCUUCA